AGGGCUGUUCUUGAAUGACAAUGGAUUGUAUUAGAAUAUAAUUUGAUGGAGUAAAACUAGCAAGAAGCCUUCAUUCGUUCGUGUUUGCAUUAUCUUUUUGGCUCUAUCAAUAUUUCGAAACGAAAACUGCUCCUUCUCUUAUUAAAUUUAUAAUUUCGUUACUGGGGCACUCAAACAAAAAUAUAAAGUAACAUUUAUCUCGACAAAACUACUACAUGUGUAGAUUUAGUAGUUGAAUUGCCACAUAGACCACAAAAAUGUGCCAUAGUUGAAAUAGGGAAAUCGAGCAGUAAAAAACAGAAAAUGGUAAAAGAAAAACCAAACUCAACACGUAUUUACGACAAAGACGGAUUUCGACAGAGAGCUGCUUGCAUAUGCGUUAGGUCUAUCGACGAAAACGAAGUGUUAUUAGUAACAUCAUCGCGUAGACCAAACAAUUGGAUUGUGCCAGGCGGUGGUGUGGAACCUAACGAAGAUCCCGCAAGUACGGCCAUACGUGAAGUACUUGAAGAGGCUGGUGUUGUGGGCACAUUGGGGCGGUGUCUAGGCAUGUUUGAGGUAACAAUAAGAAACAUUUUAGAUAUAAAUGAAUGGUUUGGAGCGAAAAUGUAAUACAGAAAAGUUGAG